AUGAUUCUUAGGGACGAACCACGAAGCACGCAGAAACCAAUACGUCGACCGAACCCGGCUUCGGCUUCAGGCCUCAGAUUCCCUGCGCCGUCAGCUCCACGACGAGGCCCGAGCAAGCUACGAUCAACCGUGUCUUCUGACUCCAGUACCGAUUCUGAGUCGGAGGUCGCCUCGAUCGUCAAGCCCAGACCUCGCGGGUCAGGCUCCUCUAGAGCACGGGCGACGACGACUGACAGCCCUGCACCUAGUGCUGGCAGGCUCCCAGGGAAGAUCCCGCGCAUGACGAAGAAGGCAUUGCUGCAGCUCGAGCUGGAGCGGAGACGCGCGUACGCGCAAACGUUCUUCAACGAGCUGAACGAGUCGGUCUUCGCGGGCGGCAUCCCAGCCAAUACUGAGUUGCAGUGGAACAAAAGGUUGUUGACCACCGCUGGUCGUGCGCAUUGGCACAGCAGGACGAAAGACGGUAACCAUAUCACGUCCAUACAACUGGCCGAGAAAAUCUUGGAUUGCGACGAACGCAUCAGGAAUACGCUUUCGCACGAAAUGUGCCAUCUGGCGUGCUGGAUCAUCGACGAGGCCCCGAGUGAGAACCACGGCUCGCUUUUCAAGCGUUGGGCGAACAAGAUCAUGCGGAAGCGAUCGGAGAUAGAAGUGACGACGCGGCACAACUAUGAUAUCAAGUGCAAGUAUGAGUGGAAAUGCGAGAACUGCGCAAAGGUUUAUGGCCGACAUUCGAAGUCCAUUAACCCAGACGAACAAGCAUGCGGCGUGUGCAAGACUGGCAGGCUGGUACCCCAAUUCCAGACUCGCCGCGCACCACCCAGGACCCCCAAGCCGAAGGCGGACAGCCAAAAUGCUGCAGCGCGCAGUCGCGGUACGUCGCAAUCUCCGCCAAGCCGACUUCACGUCACGCGUGCUGACACGCCUGUGUUGGCUGCAGACUCACCGAUUGUCAUGCCUGGAGCAUUCCCCUCGCCAACGCCUUCUCCUGCGGCGAGGAUAAUGGAGAAGGUUCAACCUUACAUCGGCCCAUCUCCGUCGAUCGAUCCCUGCAACGAUGCGGAUUCAGACAUUGAGAUUUUGGCUCAUACUCUCAAGGAUAUCAGUAUCAGUGGCGCGAAGUGA